AUGACGGAAGAGUAUGUGGUGACACUACAGGAGAAUAUCAAAAAGGCCCAUCAGGUGGCCAAAGAGAAGCUCAAGACUACACUUAAACAAAGGAAGAGGAUGAUGCACUGCAGAGAUAGGGAAAUACCAGCUUGGAUCACAGUUUACAAAAAUAGAUCCACAGCUGACGAAAGUGCAGGAUACCAUGACGCUAAAACUGAAUAUUGCGUGUGCCAGAAGCCAUGCAAUGGCCGCUUCAUGACCCAAUGUGACUAUUGUGAUGAGUGGUACCAUGGUUCCUGUGUAAACAUUUCUGCCACCGAUGCAUUGAACAUCGAUAUGUAUAAGUGUAUACGGUGUGGCGGAAUGGAAGGGAAGCGGAGGUUACUGAAACGAGUGGAGGACUUGGAAUCCCGACACUGCUUAUAUGAGCCAGCCAAGGCCUUCGUUACCCAGAGCGGGACACACCUAAACGAUCCUAAGGAGCUCAAGUCGGUGGUGCGCCGGAUGAUCACCGUAGCAAAGGACAUCCUCCGAAAAGGAGAUAAGAGCUGGGCUACCCAGAAUUGGCUGGUCUGUGUAGCUACGUGUCUGCACGAAUUUGAACUUCUUGAUGCAAAUUGGAUGGACAGCGAGUUUCAUCAUAAAAUAUAA